AAAAAAAAAAAAAAAAGGAAAUUAAGAAACGAAAACGGCCUUUCUCGCAGUUCCCGCGGAAUCAGACGGAAUAUACCUAACAAACAACCUUGUGAAAGACAGAGAGGAAGAGUGGAGUUGACAUUGUUGUUCUCCUUGUACAACAAACUUCCGUUCGUUGACUCCUUCCCUUUCCUGGUCCCACCUACAAUUUUCUCACUCCCCAAACAAAAGAAAAGAAAAGAAAAAACAAAUAUAUCUAUAUUAUAUAUAUUCCCUUUUCUUAACCAUAAACGGGGAACAAAGUUUCUCAAAUUUCUAUUUUUUUUCUUUAUCCAUUUUCAGAUAUUUUCGAUUAUCACGCUUUCUUUCUCUCUCUCUCUCUCUCUGUCUAUACCAAAAUUCUAAUUGAUGGAGUCUGGUGGUGGGUCGGAAAAGGGUCCGGUGAGAUGUGGGUCGUGGAUUCGAAGACCCGACAACGUGAACUUUGUGGUCUUGGGAACUUCCAGACGUGGGGAUUCUUCCCCUUCUCUGCUUCAGAUCUUCUCCUUCGAUCCCAAGACCACUUCUGUCUCCUCCUCUUCUCUGACUAGUUAUGUGCUUGAAGAAGUGGAAGGCGAUCCUGUUUCAUUAGCUGUGCAUCCAAAUGGGGAGGAUAUUGUGUGCUCUACAGCUAGAGGUGGCUGCAAAUUGUUUGAGUUGUAUGGUCGAGAAUCAAAUGCAAAGCUGUUGGCAAAAGAACUACCUCUUCUCAGAGAUGUUGGUCCGCAAAAAUGUCUAACUUUUAGUGUUGAUGGUUCUAAACUAGCCACUGGUGGAGAAGAUGGACAUCUCAGAAUCUUGGAGUGGCCAAGCCUUAGUGUCAUUUUAGACGAACCAAGAGCACACAAGUCCAUCCGUGACAUAGAUUUCAGCUUAGACUCAGAGUUCUUAGCUUCAACUUCUACUGAUGGUUCAGCAAGAAUAUGGAAGAUAGAAGAUGGUGUUCCUUUGACUACUUUGACUCGCAAAACAGAUGAAAAUAUCGAACUAUGUCGGUUUUCCAAGGAUGGAACAAAACCAUUUCUAUUUUGCACCGUUCAAAAAGGCAAUGAAGCUGUCACUGCUGUUUGGGAAAUAAGUACUUGGAAGAGAAUUGGGCAUAAGAGGCUACUUGGAAAGCCAGCUUCUGUGAUGUCCAUCAGCAAGGAUGGGAAAUAUAUUGCUCUGGGGAGCAAAGACGGAGAUAUAUGCGUAGUUGAAGUAAAGAAAAUGGAGAUUUACCACAGGAGUAAGAGGCUACACCUGGGUACUUGCAUUGGAAAUCUUGAGUUCUGUCCCAGUGAAAGGGUUGUUCUUACUACUUCUAGCGAGUGGGGAGCUGUGGUGACAAAGCUAAAUGUUCCUGCGGAUUGGAAAGAAUGGCAAAUCUACCUGCUGCUGUUAGGACUGUUUUUGGCAUCAGCGGUUGCAUUUUACGUCUUCUUGAAGAACGCUGAUUCGUUUUGGCAGUUCCCUGUUCAAAGAGAUCAAGCAACGAGACAAUUUAAAGCUUACAUAGGAGAUUCACAGUCCUCUGAUCAUGAUCCAUUUGGUCCAGUAGAUAUGUGAGGAUUUCUAUGCAUUCUUUUCCUUGAAAGAAAAUCUGGGAAAAGUUAGCAUGAACACAACAAUUAUCAUUUAAAAGUCAAAAAAGGCUCUCUAGUUUAAAUUUAGACAUGCUAUUUCAUACCUGGGAACACAUACUUCUUUUACUUGAGAAAAUUGUAGGCUGUUGUUAUUCUCUGUU